AUGUAUGAAGAAACGGCAGAAAGCACCCACUCAAGGGCCCUUUGUGUUCCGUCCCCUGGCAGGAAUGAAGCGGAGAAGGAAACACUUAAGGCGUCUAACGUCAAGCGCCUUAUAGAAGAAGUAUUAGAACAGAAGCAAAUCGGGACGACGCCAAUAGAAGCACUCGUGAAAGGAUUUCUAUUAUUCGAAGAACUUCAAAGACAGCCAGUACAAUCAAGGUUCAGGCUACCACAGCUCCCGAUGUAUUUGGGGAAUGAAGACCCCGAGAGGCAUUUGCAACACUUCGUCGCGAUGGCUGUGCUACAUGGGUGGAACGAGGUCACUAGAUGCAAGGCUUUCCCUCUCUCACUGGCAGGGCAGGCUCAACAGUGGUUCACUGAGCUACCCGCCGGGCAUAUCCGAUCGUUUGAACAGUUGAAGAAAGAAUUUUUGGAGGCAUUCUCUACUUACGUUCCGAAGAAAAAAAGUGCCAUGUACUUGAUGAGCUUGCAACAGAGGCCAAACGAGUCACUAAAACAGUACAUUGAAAGGUUUAGGGCUGCAACACAAGAAGUAAGAGACCUCCCAGUAAGCCUUGCCGCAUCCGCCUUGCUUAAUGGAACCACCUACGCCCCGCUCAGAAGAUCCCUAGCCAAAAUCGAACUGAGCUCAAUGACUGAGUUGUUUGCCCGAGCCGAGCAGUUUAUUGUCCAAAUGGAAAUUUUGGAAGCAUGGGAAGGUAAAAGAAGAGGAAGGUCGAGCGAUGUUGGGUUAGACAGAUUAGUGAAGAUACAGAGAAGAGAAGAGCCUCCCAAGAUGCCAUUCCGGAGCUUCACACCCCUUACUGAUCCAAGGGCCUCCGUCCUUUCCUCCAUUGCUCAUACCGGGCUCAUCAAUUUUUCAUCGCACACCAACCAGCCAAUGGGUAGGAACAUGGACUCCUUCUACAAAUUUCACGAGUCCCCAGGGCAUACCACAGAACAGUGCCGAGAACUACGAAAUCAAAUUGAGCAGCUAAUCAGAGAAGGGAAGUUAGAUCGAUUCAUACUGGAUAAACCAAAGAACCAGCAAGGCAGGAGGGAAGAAUCCAGAAGAAACAAUCAGGGAAGAUCCACACGUCUAAGGGGUGACGCCCCAAAUAGAAGAGAAAACCAACCACCCCAACAAAGAGAAGGGGAAAGAAACAACCCGAGGAAGGAGGAAGAAAGACCUAGUGUAGAAGAUGGAAAUGAACCCGUUAUGGAGAGGAUACAUGUAAUUUCGGGAGGAGAGAACUUGGCAGGAGACUCCUCUUCCUCCAGAAAGGCAUAUGUGCGCCAGGCGUUACACGUUAAUUCGGUAGAGAAGAUCCAAGAAGAUGAGGACCCCCUCAUUUUUGCACCGGAAGACCAGGGAAGUGUGUCGCUCCCCCACGAUGAUCCUUUGGUUAUCUGUGCUAUCAUUGCCAAGCACCCGAUUGAAAGAAUACUGGUAGAUAACGGAAGCUCCGUGAACCUCUUGUAUUGGAAUUGCUUUGAGAAGAUGCACGUCGCCCAUGAUCGACUAAAAACAGUCGCUUCCCCCUGUAUAGCUUUACAGGAGAGGCAGUACCGGUGGUCGGAUCGAUUCAAUUGCCCGUUAUGCUCGGAGACCACCCCCAAGUGA